AUGCAAAAACUGACGGAACACAUAGACGACCUGAAUAAGAGAAUCGCUGCUUGGAGAAAGCGGAUGCGGCGAUAUACCGAGAGGUCGACACGGUUUCACCAGAAUCGUCUCUUCCAGAGUGAUCAGAAGAGGCUCUAUAAAUCGUUGGAGCGACCAAUGUUAAGUGGAACGGGCCCAGCACCGAAUCAGGCCGACACUGUAGCAUUCUGGCGCGGCCUGUGGUCAGAGCCCAUAAACCACAGCGAGGGCCCUUGGACGGAAGUUGUGGCGAGUCAGUGUGUGAGUAUAACGCCCAUGGACCCCGUCAUUAUAACGCCGGAUGACGUAGCUGAGGCGGUCCGUAGGGCCCCGAACUGGAAAAGUCCGGGACUCGACGGGCUGCAUCACUACUGGCUGAAGGGGUUUGUGGUGUGUCACACUGUGCUCGCCCGACAGUUCCAAGAGGCUUUCAACCAGAAGUCGCUCCCGAGCCUCUUCACUACUGGGAUCACGCAUUUUUCCUAA